UCAAUGGCAGUUUUUGGCUACCUAAUGUUUGGUUCAACGGUUCAAUCACAAAUAACUUUAAACCUCCCAACUCAAAACAUUAGCUCAAAAGUCGCCAUAUUCACGACCCUGGUGAAUCCAAUAUCCAAAUAUGCUUUGAUGGUUACUCCAAUAGUGAAUGCUGCCAAGAAGAAGUUUCCAAGUCACUACAAUAAAAGGUUCAUUGGUCUAUUAGUCAGCACUACCUUAGUAUUCAGCACUGUAAUAGUAGCUUUGGCUAUACCCUUUUUCGGGUAUCUCAUGUCACUUGUUGGAGCAUUUUUGAGUGUGACAGGUUCAAUUGUAUUCCCAUGCUUUUGCUACCUGAAACUUUCAGGUACGUAUCGAAGAUUCGGAUGUGAGGUGUUGAUUAUAGGGUGCAUAUUACUACUAAGUGCUGCAGUUAUUGUAUUUGGCACUUACACUGCUCUAGUAGAAAUAAUAGGGAGCCUGUGAGUCGUACCAAUGAUCUCUUUGUUGAUAGUUUUCUCGUUCUUUCCUCUCCUUUUUUUUUCUUCUUUUGGGCUAGUGUAUGGUGAUUGAUUAGUGAGUUUUAAAACAAGGAAUGCUUAGCUUGUUACAACC